CUGUAUGGCAACCAACACCGACUUGGAUCAUCCGAAUGAAAAGCAAGACGACGGCGGAUGACCCGGCCACCAUUCAGAUCAGAUGGGAGACCAAGACGGGCAACAAACGAAACAACGCUUGUGAUUGUGAGUGUGAUGGAAAACCAAACAGGGUGGGAUCUGAGCCUAGGGUGGUGUCGUCAACCUCGAGCGUGGAAGUCUCCGUGAUUGCCGACGGUCGUGCAUUUGGGCUCGGUGCCGAAAAUGGCGACGGGGUAAUGAGAAACGUCUAUCCGACAACGAUGUACAAUCAAAUCACGUGGGAGGAGGAGGAAAUCGAUCAGGCGUUGCAACCGGUACAUGGGGGAAGAGCAAAGGGAAAGCAGAAAAGAAGAGAAAGAGAGGCAGAAGGCCAAGGCGCGAGGCCUGUGUCAGAUGCCAAGAGAGGAGUGGGUGCCGCGAAAGUUGAGGGGUUGCGGGGUGUUGUUCUGAAUGUACGCAAGGACAGAGAAAGCAGUCCGCCUAUCGGUAGUAGGGCCCAGAAAGGCUAUAUAUCGAUGGUUUCUACGAAACUUGGCAGGUUUAGAAAAAUCUUUUGCAGGGCUUAUGAUGAUCCGGCAGGCCCAGAAGAACGAAAAAGCAGACUGCAAGCUGUGAGACAUGUGAAGGAGAUCGAGCCCCUGGGAAGCUGCUCCCCUGACAGUGUGGCAUUGGGAGUCAGGGACAUUGGGAGGAGACCUGCUGCUGCUAGCAGUGGUGGUAGUGGUGGUAACGUACGAAGAUGUCGCGAAGGGCGGCCGUUGAAGGAUAAGAUUUUUGUUGACGAGUCGGAAGGUGCAGAGGAGUGCGGAGAGAUGUUCGUUGGGUGGGGUACCGGGCCUCCAGGGGGUCCGUCGAAGAGACCGAGGUCGGAGGAGGCCGUUGAUUGUGCAACACUACGGGAGAGCGAAGCUUUGAAGGGAUUGACAGGAGCUGAGUCUGUUAAGAGCUGUUAUGAGGCGUGCUGCUCUGGCGACACUGGUACGCAGCCUGCCGUGAAAGUGGUGAAAGAGGGCUUUGCACGUGCGGGAGGGGACUGCAUCGUCGUGUUGUCGGAUGAUGACGAUGCAUCUGAGUCGGCGCAGCCCACAGCGGCUGCUAACGAAGAAGAAAAGUGUGCUGCGGAGCUCAAAAAAAUGCUGCAGCUCGGUUCCUGCGUGUCCAAAUUGGCUUGGAAUGGCUCCACAGAGCGCCGGGGGGACAAUGCUGCCGAUCUGCGUGAAAGGAGGACACGCGUGGCGUCAGAAGCCGAAGCAGAGGAGGGGCAACCAGCAUCAAAUCGCCAUGAACAAGACCAGACGUCUAGCAAAGGAGAGCACUUGUGCAGGAUGGGGGGGAUGGAGGCAAAAUAUGGUGAUGGUGGACAAGAGGAGCUCUGUGAGGCAGAUACCCUAAGGCUUGUUGUCCGAUCAGAGUGCAUAUCGUCUGGAACGACAAGUGCACAAAGAGGACCAGAGUACUCCUCAACCAUCACAGCUUGGUCCAACUAUGAUAAUGAUGAUGAUGAGACAGCAGUUGCAAAAAACAGACAGGAUUCAGAAGCGGCUUCACACUUUGUUGUUGACGACAACCAGGGGGAUGACGCAGCUUCGGGGUGUGGUAUGGAGAGCAGCAGUCCUCCUGGUGUGUCUUGGCCACGCAUUCGACCGCUCAUUUUUCCACCCAACGGACGAGAUGCCGUCCGUAUCACAGAUGAUGACCUCAACUUGUUGAAGCCAAUGUCAUUCAUCAAUGACACCUUGGUAGACUUUUACAUGAAGUAUCUUGAACAACAGUUCCUCGGGGAUGAGAAAGAAGACAGGUUCUAUAUCUUUAAUAGUUUUUUCUUCCGGAAGCUAAGGGAUUCGAAGAAAGCGAGCACCACCUGCUGCUGCGACGGGGGUCAAUUGCUUGCAGAGGCUUUGGCAGAUCCUCUGCGGAAAUGGACUCGCCGUGUCAACCUAUUUGACUACAGCUACCUGGUCAUCCCGAUCAAUGAGAGCGCACACUGGAGUGUGGUCAUCAUCUGUCACCCAGGCGAUGUUGUUAAGCAGCCCACGAGGGGAGAUGACAUCCGAUCUGUGACGCCCUGCAUUCUUCACCUCGACUCUCUGAGCGGCAGCCAUACAAAUGUCGACUUACCGAUCCGCAGGUAUUUGCUGGAUGAGCAUGUUGUUCGGUUCAGAAGUGAUCAGCCAGUGCACUCGAUGUAUCAAGCAGCUCGCUCAAGCUUUUUCGACAGCAAGAGCUUCCCGAUGUACAAGCCCAAGGUCCCACAGCAGGGCAAUUUCACAGACUGUGGCCUCUUUGUAAUCCACUACGUGGAGUUGUUUUGCCAGCAAGCUCCUCUGAGCUUCAACUGGCUCUCGGUGGGGAGAGAGAGACCUGGCAUGUUGUGUGAUGACUGGUUUGACCCCGCAGAGGCUUCUGCCAAGCGACGAGUUCUUUCUGCACUCAUCCUGCAGAAGGCUACGCUGGUAAGCAGCCCUGGGGAGGAAGGGAGGCAAGAGCGAGAGAAAAGCCAGGGGGAUCCGUGUGGUCUCCACGCGGAGCAUUUCUACUCUGCUGCUGCUGCUGCUGCUGCUGCUUCAUCGAUUGGUGUGAUGUUGAGAGAAGGGGCACCAAAGACAGUGGAGGGAAGUUUGGAGGGGAACUUGGAAGAGGGGCGAGAUCCGCAGGAAUGCACAGUCGUCAAUGGACAGCCCGUUGUCUCUAUGAUGGAAGAUUUGGCAAUGCUUACGCCUGAUGGUGUUGAAAAGGCUGGGGGUGCAAAGGAGGAAAGGUCAGGCUUAUUAGAGGAGGUGACGCCAGAUGCAGAUGUAUUUGGAGUCCCACAUAUUACCAAGUCACAGCCGGAAAGUGAUGCAGAUGCGCAGUUGUCGGAACCAGCGAUUACUCUGUCAAUGUCAAUUUGCAAAGUAAGUGUUGCAGAGGAGGAGGAGCCAACGACAACAAGAGGAGGAGAGAUUGACGAAGUUGUGCCAGACUCGCAGCCAGAGGGUGGAAAGGUUCAGCAGAGAUCAUCAUUCAAUGCAGGGCUUUUUGACAAAGAAGAUUUUGCUGCUGUGCUGUGGAGCGAGCAAGAGCAGGGAAAACCUAUGACAACCGCAGAAGGGGGGGGAGAUGCCGGGUGCAUGGAGAGCACCCCUGGCAGCAUGGAGAGCACCCCUGGCAGCAGCACCUUUACAGAGACUGCAGAUUUUGGUGUCUUCAGUGAGGAGGGGAAACCUAUGAGAAGUGCAGACAAGGGGCGUCAUUCCGGGUGGAUGGAGCGUACUCCUGGGAGCAGCACCUUGACAGAGACUUCAGAUUUUGUUGUCGUCUCGAGCAAUGCAAAGCCGUCGGAGCAACAAAUUGAAGACAGUGGAAGAGCAGCAGAUGCUGUACCGUGGCUUGAUAUCUCAACAAGUCCCUCACCUUGGCGAAGCGCUACACCAGUGGCAGCAGUCGUGAAGACGUACUCCAGGAGGAGGUUGAGCUUGAGAAAGAAUCGGGAAGAGAAGUCGUCGGGUCCGUCCAGACUAGAUUCAUCACCAUCUUAUGCAGCAGCAGCAAAUGUGCACGAAAAGCCCGAAUUAUGUUAUGCUGUCAAAGAUGAUGACCCAUCACAACAACUGCCGUCUCCCAUUUCGGGGAAGGGCGCGUUUGUGGUGCCGAAUGCUAUACCAAGCACAUGUCCAGGGACGCCAACAAAAUCCAUCAGGGUUAAUACUAAUAAUUAUUCCAGAUUGCGGGACAUGGACAUUGACGAUGUGGAGGACUGCCAUGCUUCUGAGCCGAACUGCACAACCCUCCCUAGGAGCAGAAGAGGUGCCACGUGGAAACCGUACACGAGCCCAAUCUAUGUAUCGGACAGCGGCGAUGACUCUGAGCCUCCUCGCUGGAGACCCCUCCUUGGGAGCAAUGAAGGUGAUGCAACAUUAAAUAGGGGGCUGGAGCGUAAUGAAAGCAGUGAUGUCUGUUGCAGGGGCUUUGAGGAGAGAGGAGCUAUGUGUAGAGACAGUGAUGGCCCUAGGAGGCCUCGUUGGACAUCCCUCGCUAGGGGCGGCAGACAUGCUAUGUUAAGUAGGGGAUUGGAACUUGAUGAAAGCAGUAAUAUCUGUUUUCUCAGGGGCUUUCAGGAGAGAGGAGGAGCUGGAGACGAUUAUAACAGCAUUCAGGUGGUCCCGGGGGCAGAGAGAAAAGAGACUGUGAGCAGGGCGUCUUGUUCCACGCACCGGGGAACGGGUUUUGGCCCGGUUGGCACGCAACCUGAUGAUGUGAAUGGCAAGGGAGGGGAGGGAGAUAGUGAUGGGAGUGGUGACGUGCUUUCUCAGCUGAGCAGAUUGCAGCUCCAGUCUGGAGAGAACCCACUCUCAAGUUGUGGUGAUGGCCGAGAGGGUACCUCUUUCUCAGAGUACUACAAUUAUGCUGCUGCUGCAGUAGCAGGCCAGGGCUGUGAUUCUGCGGAGAGAGUGGGGUUCCCCGCCAGGAUGGGCGAGCAUGAAGAAGAAGAGCACUGUGAGGUAUUCGGUGAAAAAAAGGCUGUCCUAGUCUGGAGGAUGGUGCAAGAUCACCCAGAUUCGGUGAAAAAAGGGAGAUCUGAUCAUAUCACUUGUAGGAGGAUGGAUGACGAUAGCACAAGGUGUGAUUUCAGUAAUCCCAGUCUGGAGGAUGGUCCAAGAUCACCCAGAUCACCUGCCUGCACGGCUGAAGGAGACGAAGGGAGUAUGGCACUCGGAGGCAGCGACACCGACAGGGGAAGCUUGAGGCUGCUUGAAAAUGAGCCAGAGGUGGAAUUUGUGGAGGCAAGAAUGAGGGCCGCAGCAUCUGAUUCCACUGUGUGGAUCUGUCUCCAGGAAAGCGACGAGGAUUCAGGGGGAGAAGCUGUGGGCUUGCCAAGUUCAUCACCGAGCGAUUGUCAUACGGAAAGCAAGAGACAGAUGGAAGAAGGUAAGAGAAUCUGCACAAGGAGGAUAAAGAACAACAAGGGUCCGCAGUGGCCUGAGAUGAGAAUGGCCAGAAACACACGGCGCUUAAACAGUGCCAGACAGAGGGCCAAGGAUCACUAAUUAGUGAUGAUGAUGAUAGGUUCCCCUUCCCUAGAUAUAGGAUCCGAGAGCUAUUUUUUUUUGUUUUUUCUUCUUGCAUUGCAUUGCACUGCACUGCACCUUUUUCGUUCUCCAUGACUUGGCUAAUUUCAGAGAAUAAAGCACGAGAGUGCUCAGUGCGCGCGAAUGGACAUCAACACCCGCCUAAAUAGUGCCGCACAGAGGGACUAAGAGGGAUCACCUACCUACCAAUGAUAUGGUCUUUUCUGGAUAUAGGAUCCGAUAGCUACUUUUUCUUGGCGUUCCACCUUUUUUCUUUAGCCGUCUCUUUGCAAUUUUUUUUAUUUUUUUUUCUGCCUCUUGGGUAAAAUCUUGUGAGCAACUUCACCUACUGUUGAUUGGUGUAAUGAAAUUGUGAUCCGUGA